AUGGCCGGAGGCGCGUUCGGGCUACGGCGGCUGUUGCUGCUGGCGCCAGGCUGCGACGUCCUGGACGCCGCCUUCGCUCGCUACCAUCGCCUGCUCUUUGGGGCCGGGCCCUGGCCGCCGCCUAGCCUCUCGAGACGGCUCCAGUCGAAGGACGUGUUGGUUGUCUCUGUGGUCACUGCGGAAUGUAAUGAGUUUCCCACAUUGAAGUCCUUGGAGAACUACACCCUGACUAUAGAUGACGACCAGUGUCUGCUGACCGCGGACACCAUCUGGGGAGCCCUCCGAGGUCUGGAGACUUUCAGCCAGCUUGUGUGGACCUCUGCAGAGGGCACGGGAACCUGGCAGAAUUCUCCUCCUUCCCCAGCCCCUGGUAAGCAUCCGUGAGUCCUGACCUAGUUGGUGUUUGGUCC